AUGGAUCCCUCUACUAACUAUACAAGUUGGGGGUCCGCUCCACUUUCCGAGAACACUCAAAAAGCCGAAUACAAGCUCUGGGACUACAAUCCAUCUAUCCCAGCUGCCACCGUCGCCGCUGGCGUCUGCGGAUUCCUAACACUCAUUCAUGCCAUCCGCUUGACACGAAAUCGCACCUGGUUUUGCAUACCCCUUAUCAUCGGCGGAGUGUUCGAAACAGCCGGCUACGCGGCUCGAGCCGGCGCCCACGACAAUACCAAGGCCCUGCCACCGUACAUCGCCCAAUCGCUCCUCAUCCUCCUCGCACCCAUCUUCUUCGCCGCCUCCAUCUACUCCAUCCUCGGACGCAUCAUACACCGCGUCGACGGCGAUGAGAUAUCCAUCGUACAUCCGUCCAUCAUGACGCGCUUCUUCGUCUGGGGCGACGUGCUUUGCUUCUUGGUGCAGGCGGGUGGCAGCGGCAUGCUUGCGCAGGCGAAGAAGCAGAGUGAUAUGAAGAUGGGCAAUACCGUGAUUCUUGUUGGUCUGGGUCUGCAGAUAUACAUCUUCUGCUUUUUCGUGAAGAUUGGGGUGAGCUUUCAUAGGGAUUUGCAGAAAACACCUACUACUGCUGCAAUGGAUGGGGAGUUCCCUUGGGAGAGAUAUAUGGUCUUGCUAUACGUCGCGUGUGCGUGUGUUGGAAUUAGGAAUACGUAUCGCGUGGUCGAGUAUGCGAUGGGGAAGGUAAGUUCGUACUUCGUCACUGCUCAGCUCAUCUGA